AGUGUGUGUGACGUUCUUCAGAGAAAGGGAGGGAGAGAGAGAGAAAGGAAGAACUUUUCCGAAGAGGUUGGUUUUUGUUUUUUCCAUUUUCCCCCUUCUUUUGGUUUAAAUAAACAUUACGGACAGAGAGGGUAAACGUUAAAAACUCUAGAAGAGCUGUUUUGAUGGGAAAUGAGAGCCUGAUAAACCGAAAGAGGAAGAGAGGAGGAAAAGGAGAAGGGGAAAAUAAGCCCUCCGUGAUCAUCUUCAGUUCUGUGUAACAGAUGACGGCAUUAAAAAUUGACAGUGUGAAGCCUGGGGCCUGUUGACAGACGAGAGGAACUCAACUUCCUUGACCAUGACGUCAGAACUGGACUCCAGUUUGACCAGCAUCGACUGGCUCCCACGGCUGGGAAUGAGCAGUCUCCGCUCAGGGAAAGAGCGAGGGGAGAGAAAGCGAGAACGAGGAAGAGAACGAGAUACGCCCCUAUCCAUCCCAGCCUCCUCCCCUCCACCAAACUCCAAAGGGAAGCCACCACAUAGUUAUGCCACCCUCAUUGCAAUGGCAAUAAGCUCUGCUCCAGAAAGAAAGCUGAGUCUGAACGAUAUAUACACAUGGAUCAGCGAUACGUUCCCUUUCUACAGCAGAGCAGGAAGAGGCUGGAAGAAUUCAAUUCGACAUAAUCUUUCCCUGAAUAAAUGCUUCCGGAAAGUUCCAAGACCACAGAGCGACCCUGGGAAGGGUUCUUAUUGGACCAUGGAUGGACCACCUGACCAACAUCAGGCUAGAGGUGCUAAAAGACCUUGUCCUGCAAGUGAGGAGGAGACGGAGGUCCACGAAAAAACUCCAUCCAUAGUGGACAAAACACAUAUCAGUCAACCGGAACCUCUCCCUCUUCCACCUGAUAUCAAAACUACUCUGUCUCCACCUCCCUGCAAGCGUCCACCCGCACCAUUAACUACAGCCCCUUCUGCCUCGGGCCCUUCAGCUGAGCCACCGCUGCGUUUCUCCUUCUCCGACCUCAACCUGCCAGACCUCUACACUUCUUUUCAGUCUCUCUGUCGCUCUGUGAGAGAGAGAGUCACUUCACAGUCGGAUACCACCGGUCUACUUGGGAUACCGAGUGACAUCACACCGCUCCACACACCAACACUGCCAGCUCUGUCACCUCACCCCUGCCCCAGCUCCAAUCCAUCCACAAACGUGGUCACAGGCGUGGUCACAGGCGUGGUCACAGGCGUGGUCACAGGCGUGGUCACAGGCGUGAACACUAGUACCAACCUCAAUCCUCCCGUUAACCCGAGUUUCACUUCGAAUCAAAACCCCCAGGUUAAUGCUGAGCCUGACAGACUGCUACACAACAAUGCUGUUCCUGCAGACUGGUUCAGUAAUGCUGAGUCUUUAAGAGAGAGCUUCAGGAUCGCUAACAGUUUGGACUGGUCUAAUAUAGAUCUCACCCAUCACCCUGACCUGGUAGAGAGCAUGCGUCAGGCAGAACUCUGUGAUUGGGCGCUGGAUCCAGCUCUCUUCACGUCGCUCUGUGAUUCGCUCAACCGCUUCUUCACUCACAGGGGUAUCAUCGGGUCAAUGUCAGGCAGCCCAUCCUCUCUGAGCCCGUUACCUUCACCUCUUACCAACAUGCAAUUGGCCGUUCAUCCAACCCUGUCGCAUUUAACACAACCCUCUCCGCUUAGCUUACCGCCCCAGCUCCCGCACUGUAGCGUCGGUCUGCCUGCUCAGAGCCACAGGAAAACCCUGACUCCUCAGAGUCAUAAUCCGAACUCACAGAGGAGCCUUGAAACCCAGCCAGCUGCUACCCAGCCUCUGCCUUCCAACGCCAUUCCAACACAACCUCUGACACCUCGAAAUCUACCCCCAAUGAAGCAUCUCCACAGCAACAGUGAAGAGAUUCAGGAUGACUUUGAUUGGGACUCACUGAUCGAGUGAAUACUUCAUAAAUCUUGUGGACUUGUGGAACAAGUUACAAUACUGCAAAGAUUUAUUUAUCAAGAUGAAAGCAUGUGUUUGAAAUCUGACAUCAUAAAAUUUGCAUUUCAGUUCGUGUAAUAUGUCGGGUCGGCUAGUCAAUAGAUAUUAGCCAUUCAACAAAUCCCCAUUCAAAACAUCAUGCAUUUAAAAAGUAUGCUAAAUGACCUCUUAUGAGUGACCAACAAUCGGAAAAUUGUUGCUAUUUAACAGAUAUAUAACUGAUGUUCCAGUGAGUUGCUCAGCUUUCUACAUCAUGCUGUGUCCAAAAUCUCUCACUACUCACUAUAUAGUGGACUAUAUAGUGAGGUCGCCAUUUUGUAGUGCUGUCCGAAUGUAUAGUGAGAAUUAUUACACCCUAUAUAGUGCACUCAUAGUAUCCCACAAUGCAUUGUGAAAAGUAGUGUACAACCGAUGGUCACUAACCAAGCAAUAUACAGUUAGGUCCAUAAAUAUUUAGACAGACAUUUUUCUAAUUUUGGUUCCGUACAUUACCACAAUGAAUUGUGAACAAAACAAUUCAGAUGUAGUUGAAGUUCAGACUUUCAGCUUUAAUUCAGUGGGUUGAACAAAAUGAUUGCAUAAAAAUGUGAGGAACUAAAGCAUUUUUUAAACACAAUUCCUUCAUUUCAGAGGCUCAAAAGUAAUUGGACAAAUUAAAUAACUGUAAAUAAAAUGUUCAUUUCUAAUACUUGGUUGAAAACCCUUUGUUGGCAAUGACUGCCUGAAGUCUUGAACUCAUGGACAUCACCAGACGCUGUGUUUCCUCCUUUUUAAUGCUCUGCCAGGCCUUUACUGCAGCGGUUUUCAGUUGCUGUUUGUUUGUGGGCCUUUCUGUCUGAAGUUUAGUCUUUAACAAGUGAAAUGCAUGCUCAAUUGGGUUGAGAUCAGGUGACUGACUUGGCCAUUCAAGAAUAUUCCACUUCUUUGCUUUAAUAAACUCCUGGGUUGCUUUGGCUUUAUGUUUUGGGUCAUUGUCCAUCUGUAUUAUGAAACGCCGACCAAUCAGUUUGACUGCAUUUGGCUGGAUUUGAGCACACAGUAUGUCUCUGAAUACCUCAGAAUUCAUCCGGCUGCUUCUGUCCUGUGUCACAUCAUCAAUAAACACUAGUGACCCAGUGCCACUGGCAGCCAUGCACGCCCAAGCCAUCACACUGCCUCCGCCGUGUUUUACAGAUGAUGUGGUAUGCUUUGGAUCAUGAGCUGUACCACGCCUUCGCCAUACUUUUUUCUUUCCAUCAUUCUGGUAGAGGUUGAUCUUGGUUUCAUCUGUCCAAAGAAUGUUCUUCCAGAACUGUGCUGACUUUUUUAGAUUUUUUUAGCAAAGUCCAAUCUAGCCUUUUUAUUCUUGAGGCUUAUGAGUGGUUGCACCAUGCAGUGAACCCUCUGUAUUUACUUUCAUGCAGUCUUCUCUUUAUAGUAGAUUUGGAUAUUGAUACGCCUACUUCUUAGAGAGUGUUGUUCACUUGGUUGGCUGUUGUGAAGGGGUUUCUCUUCACCAUGGAAAUUAUUCUGCGAUCAUCCGCCACUGUUGUCUUCUGUGGGUGUCCAGGUCUUUUUGCAUUGAUGAGUUCACCAGUGCUUUCUUUCUUUCUCAGGAUGUACCAAACUGUAGAUUUUGCCACUCCUAAUAUUGUAGCAAUUUCUCGGAUUUUUUUUUCUGUUUUCGCAGCUUAAGGAUGGCUUGUUUCACCUGCAUGAAAAGCUCCUUUGACCGCAUGUUUUCUUCACAGCAAAAUCUUCCAAAUGCAAGCACCACACCUCAAAUCAACUCCAGGCCUUGAGAAUGACAUAACGAAGGAAUUGCCCACACCUGCCCAUGAAAUAGCCUUUGAGUCAAUUGUCCAAUUACUUUUGGUCCCUUUAAAAACAGGGUGGCACAUGCUAAGGAGCUGAAACUCCUAAACCCUUCAUCCAUUUUUAAUGUGGAUACCCUCAAAUGAAAGCUGAAAGUCUGGACUUUAUGUCCAUUAUAUAACUAUAACUUGAAUAUGUUUCAGUAAACAGGUAAAAAAAAAAAUUGUCAGUGCCCAAAUGUAUAUGGACCUAACUGUAUCCCAUCAUGCAUUGCGGUCACGCUGGGGGGGCGUUGGGGGUGAACGGAUGGAGGAAGAAAACAUAUUAUAAAUGGACAUUCAAGUACAAUGAAAAAAAUAGUAAAACAAUAGAAAAUAAGCUAAAAUAGAAUGAGAGAAAAUACAAGAAUAAAAGUUCCAGUGCAGAGCGAGGAAUUAAUCAAAAGCCUUAAAUCUGAUUUAAUAAAAGGCAGCGGCAAAGAAGAAAGUAUUCUGCCUUGAUUUAACAGAACUGAAAGAUGCAGCAGACACAAAGUACUUUGUAUUUAUUAAUGUAGGAAAUACGCUCAGUAUAAUAUGGAUUUAUUAUUUUGAAAACCCACCAGCUGACCGAUCUGGCAUGUUUUAAUUGUGCGACAGUAAUGAUGUAAAUAACAGCACAGCAGUAGUGUCUGAAAGUGUUCUUUCAUUUUACCAAUGAGCUCACUAUAUAGUAAUUCCCUGUAUAGUCAGUAGGGAGUAGUGAACGAGUGAGUGAUUUCAGACACAGGGUCAGAGUUAUUGUUGCAUCUCGUGGUCAAAAAUGGGAAUGACAAGUGCUAAUAGAGGCCCAUGAGGGCAGGAAUUACAGUUGUGGUAGGAAGUUUACAUACACUCAUCAGGGCAUUCAAUUAUUUCUUUGAACUGUUGUUUUUCUGAGGAAGAAUGAUUGUACAACAUACAUCUUUAAUGUCAAGUUAAUUAGCAUCUUCCCAAUACCAAGGCCUCUUAACUUCCUAUUAGUGAUCAUGAUUGACUACAGCUGGUAGCGUCUCUGUGCCAACAUAAACAGGGUUUGUUUGACGGUGUAUCCACUUUGCCAAGGCCUGGAAGAAAACCCAAACUGUCACACUCAACUGAGAAGAAAUUAAUUCAGCUGGUCAGGAACAAGCCAGGAACCACCAAGGUACAGACCUGCCAUGAACUGGAAGCUGCUGGAACACCAGUGUUACUGUCUCCAGUCAAGUGAGUUUUAUAUCACUAUGGACUGAAAGGCUGCUGUCCAAGAAAGAAGCCCCUGCUCCAAAAUCAACACCUUCAAGUUUGACUAAAGUUUGCAGCUGACCACAUGGACAAUGAAAAAGCCUUCUAGAGGAAAGUUUUAUGGGUCAGAUGGGACAAAGAUUGAGUUGUUUGGCCACAGGAAUGUUUGGAGGAGUAAAGGUAAGGCAUUUAACCCCAAGAACACUACCAACUGUUAAGCAACGAAUCAGCAAUGUAGAAGGACUACCUCAGAAACCUAACCUCAAACUAAUCCUCAAAACUUGGACACAACUGGAUUUUCCAACAGGACAAUGACUCCAGACACAUCAAAGCUAGUUGUGGAGUGGAUAAAGCAGGCUAAUGUUAACCUUUUGUUAUGGCCUUUCCAAAAUCCUAACCUCAACCCUAUUGAAAAUAUCUGGAUUGAGCUUAAAAGUCAGGUCCAUGCCAGGAAACCAAACAAAUAUAAUUGAACUCUAUUAAUUCUGCCAAGAAGCACGGUCAACUAUCCAACCAGAAUUCUGCCAGGACCUUGUUGAUGGCUACUAAAACAAUCUGGUCUAGAUCAAACUUCCUAAGGGAUAUUUAACCAAGAAUUGUGUGCUGUAUGUAUAUUUUUGACCCUGCAUAUAUUAUUUCAGGGGCGGCAUGGUGGUGUAGUGGUUGGCACCGUUGCCUCACAGCAAGAAGGUUCUGGGUUCGAGCCUAGUGGCCAACGGGGGCCUUUCUGCAUGGAGUUUGCAUGUUCUCCCCACGUCUCCGGUUUCUCCCACAGUCCAAAGACGGGCAGGUUAGGCUAAUUGGUGGCUCUAAAUUGACAGCGAGUGUGAAUGGUUGGUUGUUUCUAUGCAUCAACCCUGCGAUGACUUGGCGACUUGUCCAGGGUGUACCCCACCUCUCGCCCAUAGUCAGCUGGGAUAGGCGCUAGCUUACCCGCGACCCUGCACAGGAUAAGUGGUUAUGGAUAAUGGAUGGAUAUAUUAUUUCAGAAAACUGAAAACAAAAUUACAUGUGCACUAAAUUCUUUUCUAUUUAAAAAGAUGUGUUGUAUAAUCAUUCUUCUCCAGAAAAAGAACAGUUCAAAGGUAUCACUGAAAGCCCAAUAUUGCCAUGAUGAGUGUAUGUAAACUUCUGAGUGCAACCAUAUGCUUUCCCAUGCUCAAGGGAGAAGCAGCAGACAAGGCAGUUUGUUAGCCGGCACAUGGUUUGUACGCCAAAGAGUGGGCUAGUUUAAAAUGCUCAACAGCUGCCAAGACUGCAAGCAGUUGGAAUUAAAACUAAUACAUUUCCGCCAACAGAGAAAGUAAGCACAGGCAGUGUGUCCAUGACGUCCAGAACCAUUUCUAAUAAGUUUAUAUGGCAAAGAUUGGGAGAAGGAAAGGGGAGAGGGUGAUUAUGGAUCGGGUAAUAGCUGUACAUCAGAAAUGCGUGCACCAUGCUGACAUUGUUACCCAUGCAAAGCUGAGAAAAAGAAGACUAAGCUGGACUGCAUGAUGGUGUUAUUCUAUAGCACAAGUCAAUUGGUAUAGUCUUCCAACUUAAUUUUGCUUGAGGUUAGGUCAUUAUUAAUGACGUCCUGCUAGACCCAAAUCUAUGAUCACAAGCUGCUGGUUAUUAUGCUGCUACUUUCUCACAGCAGCAGAUGUAAUGUAUUUUACCCACGUACCAGGAGACAAAUUAAAAGUCAGCCUGCUAACCUGGAAGCAUUUUAGAUACUUUUAACCGAAGUGAACAGUUGUUACUAUCUAUAACUUAGUCUCAUUGUUAAUUAUUUGAAGGUCUGUAUAAGACAGCAUUUCAUGUCUGGGCAAUUUUCUUCUGCCCCGUCUAUCCACCAAAUAGUAUACAUUAACUAAAAUGCUUUGAGAAUAACUUGAGAUGCUAUUAACAAGAUACACUACCAUUCAAAAGUUUGGGGUCACUUUGAAAUGUCCUUAUUUUUGAAAGAAAAGCACUGUUCUUUUCAAUGAAGAUCACUUUAAACUAAUCAGAAAUCCACUCUAUACAUUGCUAAUGUGCUAAAUGACUAUUCUAGCUGCAAAUGUGUGGUUUUUGGUGCAAUAUCUCCAUAGGUGUAUAGAGGCCCAUUUCCAGCAACUCUCACUCCAGUGUUCUAAUGGUACAAUGUGUUUGCUCAUUGCCUCAGAAGGCUAAUGGAUGAUUAGAAAACCCUUGUACAAUCAUGUUAGCACAGCUGAAAACAGUUGAGCUCUUUAGAGAAGCUAUAAAACUGACCUUCCUUUGAGCAGAUUGAGUUUCUGGAGCAUCACAUUUGUGGGGUCGAUUAAAUGCUCAAAAUGGCCAGAAAAAUGUCUCGACUAUAUUUUCUAUUCAUUUUACAACUUAUGGUGGGAAAUAAAAGUGUGACUUUUCAUGGAAAACACAAAAUUGUCUACGUGACCCCAAACUUUUGAACGGUAGUGUAACAGAAAACACGUGUUGAGGUUAGAGUCCUCUGGACUGCAAACAAAGCAAGAAAAAUAUUGGAAAUAAAAACAUCCUUAGUUACUAUUCACUAGCAAGCAAACAUUUUUGCUUGAUGCAGAUGUAGGCUUUGUAGAUUAAUUCACUAUUUUGGCUAGUUAUACAUUUUUAAAUGCACUUAAAGUUCUUUGUAUUUUUUAUUUUGGCUAAGCUCACUAAAUGUAAAUGGUCUAAGUACCGUAGGUGGCUGGGGCUCCUUUUGACAAUGUGUGUGUGUGAGAAAACAGUUCAAUGUUUUCAACUGUCAAUUAUUUUAGCACUUCCUUUGCAAAUGUUAACCUUCCUGAAUAAAUCAGGCGUCUCAAUAUUCUAUGCCUUACAUCAAAAUAAAAAGUACAGCUCAAAAAUUA